AAAUAUAAUAAUAAUAUAAAAUAAUAAUAAAAAAAUAAUAAAUAAUAAAUAAAAAAAUAUACAAAUUACAAUGGAACCGAUUCCUUUAAUUAUAAUGUUCGCUGUAGCGAUCGGUUUUAUUCCAUUUGUAAGCAUUGACAAAUUAUUCAAAAUAAUCGAAAAGAAGGAUUCUAUAUUUUCUUCAAUAAAUAUUCCUAAGUUAAAUCGAGCAUACGAUUUCAUCGUUGUUGGUGGUGGAAGUGCAGGAGCAGUAGUUGCGUCAAGAUUGUCUGAGGUAUCCAAUUGGAGUGUAUUGUUAUUGGAAGUUGGUGGUAAUGAAAACGAGAUUACAGACGUUCCAAGUUUUCAUGAAGACCUGCAUUUAACAGAAAUAGAUUGGCAAUAUAAAACUAUUCCGUCAAAUUCAUCGGCAUAUUGUCUAGCGAUUGAAAAAGGCGAAUGUAAUUGGCCACGUGGAAAAGUUCUCGGUGGUAGCAGCGUAAUCAAUGGCAUGGUCUAUGUGCGUGGAAAUAGAAAAGUUUACGACGGUUGGGCAGAACUGGGUAACACUGGCUGGAGUUAUGACGAAGUUCUUCCUUAUUUUCUCAAAUCAGAAGAUAUUAGGAUUCCUUCUUUAAAGAACUCACCUUAUCACAAAACAGGUGGUUACUUGACUGUAGACGAAUUUCGAUAUAAGUCGCCACUUUUAGAUUCUAUUGUACAAGGUGGUGAAGAACUAGGUUACAAAAAUCAUGAUAUUAAUGGUGAAAAUCAAACUGGCUUUAUGCUCACGCCGGGUACGGUUCGCGAUGGGAAACGUUGUUCGACUGCUAAAGCUUUUUUAAGACCGGCACAGAACAGAUCUAAUUUACACAUAGCUUUAAAAGCUCAAGUAUUAAAGAUACUUGUUAAUGACAGAAAACGUGUUACGGGAGUACAGUUUAUUCGUGAUGGAUUGGAACAAACAGUUAUGGCAAGAAAAGAGGUAAUAUUAUCGGCUGGGGCAAUCAAUUCACCUCAAUUGUUAAUGCUGUCAGGAAUAGGACCAAAAGAACAUCUCAAAGAACACGAUAUACCGGUAAUAUCUGAUCUUCGUGUAGGUGACAAUCUUCAGGAUCAUGUUAGCACUGUCGGAUUGUUUUUAAGAUUAAACGAAUCUAUUAGUUUAGAAAAUAAACAAUUAACAACAUUAACAUCAUAUUUAAAUUACAUGUUAUACAAAAACGGUUAUUUUACUGCUGGAGUCAAUGCAAUUGGUUUCGUUAAUACUAAAUACGCUGAUCCCUCUGAUUAUCCAGAUCUUCAGUUUCACAUUAUGUUAUCAAAACCAAAUGGUUUUAAUAAAUAUACCAAAAAUAAUGUAGGAUUUAAAGAUACCGUUUACGAAACCCUACAGAAAGUGAUAGAGAAUACUGAAAAUUUGUUGGUAUUUCCAACUUUAAUAAAACCAAAAAGUACCGGUUGGAUUCGUUUAAAAACGAAAGAUCCUUUUACUCAUCCCGUAAUUAAUCCAAAUUAUUUCGCUCAUAAGGAUGAUAUUAAUGUUAUCAUCGAAGGCAUAAAUAUUCUAUUAUCUUUGUCAAAUACAAGUGCAGUUAAAAAUUCCGGUUUAGAAUUGUAUUCCAAAGAAUUGCCUGGUUGUCAAGAAUUUCUUUUUAAUACGAACGAUUAUUGGGAAUGUCUUAUAAGACAUUACACUUUUACAUUAUAUCAUCCAAUUGGAACUUGUAAAAUGGGACCAAAAACAGAUUCUACAGCUGUCGUAGAUCCAAGAUUAAGAGUUUAUGGUGUAAAGGGUUUAAGAGUCAUUGAUGCAUCUAUAAUGCCUUUCAUUAUUAAUGGUAAUACUAAUGCACCCACUAUCAUGAUUGCCGAAAAAGGUAGCGAUAUGAUAAAAGAGGAUUGGAAAAAAAUAUAAAAAUACAUUAAUUUUGUAAAUUAUUUUAUCACACAAGUGAGAAUUAUUAUUUAUUAUUAAAUAAAUAUAUAAUUUAUUAUAUUAAGUUUCGGUUAUAUAAUCUGUAAAAUGUGUUUUUGAAUUGAUAAUGUUCAGAGUACC